CCAUUCCACUUAGUCCAUCCCAUAACGAAUAUCAUGUUAAAAUACGUAACAGGACGUGUAAAAAUUCCUUUAAAUCAUUUUUAUAUGACCCCAUAACCCAGCAUAAUUUACGUACGUCUAAAUGCAUUUUAGAAAAAAAAAAUGCUUUGUUAGUAAGUUGAUAAUUCGUGCAAUAAAUAACUAAGAAUACCCCGCUAAGAAUAACUUAGCAGUCUGUCGUGGGUUUUUUAAGUCGUCUUUUUGCGGAGGGCUGCUUAGUAACUCGGGACGCUUAUAGAAGUUCGGUCGCUUCAAGUUAAAAUAACCUGGCAAAGAGGCGGAAUUGUGCGGUGCUUUAAAGUCAAGAUAUGCGUGUCGAGGACUCCAAAGGUGUACAUUUCUCAGUUUUGUUGGCUUGACUACUUAAGGAGAAAAUACUCAUCGGCCCAACAAUCGCGAAACACGCGCUUCCCAUCCAUCGGACUGAAAAGUAUUUUCAUCUGGGAAUAUCCACCGUCCCGGUACAAUAAUGCCGAACAGUCGAAAAGUGCUCCUGGGGUUGGUUGGAGUUGCUGUCGUCAUCGCAUUAAUAACUAUCCUUGCAACAAUAAUUGCAAACAAAGACAGUAAAUGGGACUCUAAGAGAACCUUCACCCUCGAAGACUACUUCAAUGACACCAUCAGAUAUAAGGCGUACAAUCUGCGAUGGAUAUCAGACAAUGAAUAUCUACAUAGAACAAAAGAAGGCAGUGUUUUUCUCCACAAUGUUGACACAAGAAGUGCCACAGAAUUUUUGAACAACAAAACAUUUGCACAAGUGGAUGCCACUGACUAUUUGAUGUCUGCUGACCGUAAAUAUGUUUGUUUGGAGAGCAAUUAUACAAAGCAAUGGAGACACUCAUUCACAGCCUCUUACUCUCUCUACAACCUGGAAGCCUCGGAAUUUGUCACACCGUCACACAUCCCAGAAGAAGUGCAAUACCUUUUAUGGGCUCCUGUUGGAAAUAAGCUGGCUUAUGUUUGGAAAUAUAACAUUUACAUUAAAGACUCUGCAAUGUCUAAUGCCAAACAAAUAACUAAAAAUGGAGAGAAGAAUAAAAUUCUCAAUGGUAUUCCAGACUGGGUAUAUGAGGAGGAGAUGUUCUCUUCCAAUGAUGCAAUGUGGUGGUCACCCGGUGGCAAGUAUCUGGCCUACGUUGAGUUCAAUGACACAGAGGUCCACACCAUUGAGUAUUCGUGGUAUGGAUCUGGGCAAUACCCGGAAACAGUGGCCAUUCCGUACCCUAAGGCUGGGUCCUCAAUUCCUAAGGUGAAGCUGUUCGUUGCCGAUUCCACAGGUACAUCAGGAAUCACACAAGUUGUAGUGCCAAAUUCAGUAGGGGAAAGCGACCACUACCUGAGCUCUGUGACCUGGGUGACCGAUGAGCGCGUCGCUGUCCAGUGGGCCAAGAGGAGCCAGAACUAUGUCCUCAUGCAGACCUAUGACUUUGACGGACGAGCGUGGAAUGGGAAGUCGAGUCAUGAAGAGACAAGCAAGACAGGCUGGGUUGGGCAUUAUUCACCCCUGCAUCCAUUUUUUGCUGCAGACACCUUGAGCUUUUACAAAGUGAUGAGUGACUCUGACGGCUAUAAACACAUACAUUAUGUUAAUGCUGGUGUGGUGACACCUAUUACAUCAGGACAAUGGGAGGUCAUCUACAUUUCAAAGUUAACGAAAGAUGCUAUAUACUAUGUCAGUAAUGAAUACCACAAACGUCCAGGGCAGAGGAACGUUUACAAGAUCAGGAUCGGUGCCGGCCAUUCUGCUCCCGAGUGCCUCACCUGUGGCCUGCAAGAAGAGAGGUGUCAGUACAACUCAGCCUACUUCAGUCAAGACGCUGCCUACUACCGCCUGUCCUGUUAUGGGCCUGAACUCCCAGUAUUUACUCUAAGGGAUAACAGAGGAUCAGGCUCAGAGAUUCAGGUUCUUGAAAACAACGAUGUCCUGAGAAACAUUCUGACAGAAUUCCAGAUGCCAACCAUGCGAUAUGGGACCUUUAGCAUUGGAGGGUUUGACCUCCAGUACCAGAUGAUGCUACCACCUCAUUUUGAUAAAUCAAAGAAGUAUCCCCUUCUCAUUGAUGUGUAUGCUGGGCCAUGUAGUCAAAGAGUAAAUUAUCAAUUCAAGCUGAACUGGGGAACAUAUCUUGCCAGCACAGAGAAGGUUAUUGUCGCUAGCUUUGACGGAAGAGGAAGUGGUUACCAAGGUGAUAAAAUAAUGCACUCAAUCUACCACCGUCUGGGAACAUAUGAGGUGGAAGAUCAAAUAUCAGCCGUGAGGAAAUUCAUUGAUAUGGGGUUUAUAGAUACAGAAAGAAUAGCUAUUUGGGGAUGGUCUUACGGCGGGUACGUCACCUCGAUGGCUUUGGGGUCCGGGAGCAGACUUUUCAAAUGCGGCGUGGCAGUCGCUCCCGUAUCUAGCUGGGAAUAUUAUGACGCGGUUUACACCGAGCGCUAUAUGAGCCGGCCGUCGGACAAUGCUGAGUUCUACAAAAACUCCACAGUAACAAGUAGAGCCAAGAACUUCAAAUCUGUGGAUUACCUUCUGAUUCAUGGCACAGCAGAUGAUAAUGUGCAUUUCCAGCAAGCUGCACAGAUAUCUAAAGCUCUUGUUGAGGAGCAGGUGGACUUUGAAGCCAUGUGGUACGCUGAUAAGAACCAUCAGCUAAGUGGCUCCGCCUUCCGCCACGUCUUCACCCACAUAAGCCAUUUCCUCCAGAAAUGCUUUGGCAAAACCAAGCGGGUCGGCAGCUGAGGCGUCCGGCCGGGUCUCCCAGCCGCAUGCACCCAGUCCAUAUAUAACUCGUCACCAGAUCUGCCUAUUUUAUAAUACUGUGCUAAUUUCCAAAUGGGUUGAUGGGGUUUAUUUUAGUGUGUUUGGUAUAUGAACUGCUUUUCUGUUUUAUUUGUAAUUUGUAAAACGCUUACAUCCACUAACAAUUAUUGUUGUACACUGACAAGUGCAGUGUUAAAUUAACAAGCCAAAUGUUCGAACACUACAUGCUGUAGCUGUGCUGUUGUACAAUAACUGGCCAUUCUUAAUGUUCUUUAUUUUUCUAUGUUCUGGUAAGAUACCACUUUUUGUACUUUUUAAGAAUCAAUAAACUGCUACAGAUUUA